UGAUAACACCAAGUAAAACGAAAAAUCCGAUUUGAUUCGAAGUGCAGUGAAAGCUUGCGUGUAUUUGACAGAGCAGUAUGGAAUAAAUCGUUCAUUGAUUGAACUGAAUAUUUUCAUUUUACUUUCUAUAAUGGGUUUUACGUACUAAUGAAUCAUUUUUAUAUUUUUGCUGUGGUUGUGUAGUUUAUAUCGUCUAAUUCUUUACCUAUUCCAUCGUACCGCCGUAGAGGAGUGUUGUAUAUUGGGAUUGCAAUGGUGGGCGCGUGAUUUUGAACAAAUACAAGGAUGCCAGCGCCAAACACAGAUGGUGUUGUCGAACAACAAGGCACUGUUGUAGAGAGCCUUGUGUUGGAAGAAGCAGAUUUGGGCUCUCUGGCCCUUGACGUACCCUCAGAACUUGAACAUUUGGUCAACAUAGAUGAUGAACUGGAGCCAUUCAAUGAAAUGGGAGAUGGAGUACUGGUGGACCACGAAGUAACUGUUGUCGCCGAAGAGACUGUUGAGUCCAUUCUGCCAGAAAUCCAGGAUGAAGAAUCCUCAGGAUUACAGGAUCAUGAAUCAGUUCUCGCAGAAGAUAACCUAACCGAAGAGGCUCUGCCAGGGGAUGUUCUAACCGAGGAAGUUCUCACAUCGAUGCCUGAUGACAACUUUUCCAUUGCCGACGAACCGAUGCGCAUGGCGGAAGAGGAGGCUGAAUUAGGAGGCCAUAAAUCGGAAGAGGACGAAGAGGAGGUGCAGGAAGAGGAAGAGGAAGUGGAGGAAGAAGAGGAAGAGGAGGAGAUUCCUCAGAAACUGACGGUAGUAGCUGCUUCGAGUGGAGCUACGUUAUCGUCUGUGCCCGUUCUGACAGGAAGUCCUCUGGUGUCAGGUGGCAACAUUCGGUUGAAAUCCUACUCGGGGCCGUCGUCCAAAUCGGUGGCCAUCACCGGACUGCGCCAGAUUCGUCCCAUCAACUCACUAGACAACAAAACCAUCACUGUCAAUAGCGGCUCCGGACCAAACAAACAAAUGAUACUUUCGAAAGUAGUGUUGAGCAAUUCACAAAGUGGGAGUGGGCUGAUUCAAGUUGGCUCGACAGAGUCUGGCGGGACGCCGCAGACCAUCCGACUCAUCAAUGCUGGCAACAAGAAGAUUAUUUCCAGUCCAACCAAGUCGAUUACUGUGGCACAAGCACGUCAGCUGGGAUUCUUUUCCGGAAAGUUACCACACAUUCUACCAAAUUCAGCUUCUGGAACCAAGAAGUUGGUGGUAUCUCCAAAGAACACAGUGACUGUUAUGAAGCAGCCGACCAGGAUACUACCAGGCCCUGCGCCUGCGCCUGGCUCCAACACCGGCACCAGCCAGAUACAAGCUCUGCUCACCCCACCCACCAACACCUCGCACAAGAUUCUCAUUCGCCAGGGAGGAACUGUGAAGACAGGAACAAUAGUGAGUACCAAUGCUCAGGGCCAAGUCAUAAGGAUACCGGCUCCUCAGAGUCUCUCUGGUAGCAACAUUCAUCAGCUGCAAAUUCCUGGAAAAACGUUGCAGUACGUGAGAUUGGUGAACAGCAGUAGUUCGCCAGCGGCGGCAGCAGUGAGCGUGUCAGUGGCCUCAGUGACCGCGCCCAGUGUGGUCACGGCCCCUGCCAAGAGUCAAACAGUCUCCUCAGUUACCAAGCCUAUUCCUGUUGCUCUCAUUGGACAACACUCUACAUUUAAAAUGAAUACUCAAAGGGUGUUGAUACCUGCUCCAACUGGGAUGACUCAGCUCAAACAGGAGGCAAAUGCUUCAGCUUCAGCCUCAGCCGCAGUAGUGCAGGCAAACUCACUCAAUAACAUAGUGGUUGUGCCGCAGUUCUUACAACAACAAACUCCUGUAGUGGCAGCGGCUACGAUAGCGCGGCCGAAGUCGCCGGUCGCCGCUCAGGCGGCCACAACGUCGAAGGCGGACAAGCCGGUCCCCCCCGCCGAGCCCCUCAUCUUCCCCGGCCACAAGCGACCCUCUCAGCCAGUAUUAUUGGAGCCGAACGGCAUUCGACCGCGCAAGCCUUGCAACUGUACCAAGUCUCAGUGUCUCAAAUUGUACUGCGACUGUUUUGCAAACGGUGAAUUUUGUCAUCAGUGCAACUGCAACUGUUGUUUCAACAAUCUUGAACACGAGGAGGACAGACAAAGAGCAAUCAAAUCUUGUCUCGAAAGGAACCCGAAUGCCUUUCGACCGAAAAUCGGAAAAAGCUACGUUGGCGAUGGAGAGAGAAGACAUAACAAAGGAUGCAACUGCAAAAGAUCUGGCUGUCUCAAAAAUUAUUGUGAAUGUUACGAGGCGAAAAUCUCAUGCUCGAACAACUGUAAAUGUGUUGGUUGUCAAAAUGUUGAAGAUGCAAAAAAUGUACGUGACUUGACUGCUCUGGCGACUGAUGAACGGAAUUUCCAGCAAUCUCUAGUUAAGAAUAAAUUGUCAGCUGAAAUACAAGGAUUAGCUUCGAAACCAGAACAAAACCAAGGAGCAAGGAAACCGUUCACUAUGCUAACUCAAGAGGUGAUAGAAGCAACUUGCCAAUGCUUACUUACCUCAUCUCGAGAUCCAAUCCCUACGGAGGAAGGGGAACGCCUUAUUCUCGAGGAGUUUGGUAGGUGUCUCAUUGAAAUCAUCAACUGUGCCAACCUUUCGCAAAACCAAGGACAGUCGACAACAUAACAUCCAUCAAAAUGAAUGUCCUAUGGCCUUUUAAAAGUACAAAGCUCUCCUGCUAAUACCGUAUCAGUAAUCAUAAGUAGAGUUACUUGUUAGGCAAGCCAUUUACUUGAAGGUUCACCAAACAAUUAGUUUACUUGAGUAGUGAAUCCAGAACAGCCACUUCCCGUUUGACUGUGCAGGCCUAGUGCUAAACGGACAAUUGAAACUUUUUGAGUAGCUUAGAGCAUACACAAAUCCAAAUAAGUAGUUUAGAAUAUUCCGAUUGACGUUAUCGUCUUUUAGUAGGCCUAUAGCUGAUAAGAACUAUGUAGUUAUUAAUGACUCUUAAUUUUUUUACCGAACUCCAACAAACCCUCAAUCAACCAGUUCACGGUAGCAUGUGUGAGCUCUUGCCACUACAUGCAUAUUGUAGAGGAAUACCUGUACAGUUAAUCCUCUUUCGUGAACCGUAACGUGAAUGGCUAGCCUUAGAGAUCAAUCAAUUAAUAAGAACUGAAACUCAACUCUAGUGACAAGCACUGUGAUAGGUGCUUGUAAAAAAAGUUGCAUUAUUUUCAAUUAAUAAAAAAAGUUUGUGUAUUUAUACAAGGGAUGUGUAAUUUAACAACAAUGUUUUUGUAUAUAAGAUUAUUUAUAUUGUAAAAAGAUUAAUUAUUACUAAGACGUUUCUAUUGAAUUGUAGAAUAGAUAAUUGUCCAGUGUUGAAACAUUUUAACAAAUGUGAAAAGUUCACAGCUUAACAACAAUUACAAAUGAAUUAUAUUUAGAGUAUAUAUAUUUAUAUAAUAUAUAUUGCCAGAUUUGUAAGUUUUUAUUUUAGUUGUAUCACUGAGCUGUAUAGUUGCUGUGAAAUCGUCACUACUUGUUGGUAUGGUCAGUUGUACAGAUUACCAACUAGUGUUUAGUAAUUUAUUUUGUGACUUGAAUAUUUUCGUAUUUGGAAAUUGGCAAUGAAUUAUAUUGUAUUAUACUGAAAUGUCUAAUCUACGUAAUCGUGAAUCUUGAGGGGUUGCCAAACAUCAAUGAUAUUAAUUAUUAUUUACGGCCAAAACCACUUUAGGAUAGUAUACUGUCUUUUUACAAUUGAGUGCAUGUUUUACUGAAAGUAAACUGAUGUUUUACUAAUGUUUUGCAUCACACAAGUAUCAUUUUCUUCUAGCAUAAUUUUUUUUCAAUACUUUUGCUAUGAUCGCUUACCACACACUAUUUUGCCGGGCGAACCAAUCUUGAUAGAGUGUAUUUCUUGCCUGAAGUUUGUAAAUUAAUAUAUUUAUGUUUAUGAUUUGAUUGUCUUUGACAAUAAAUUUAUUUGUUUCUGCAUAUCGAAAUAAUUUAAAAGCUUUAUUUGGUUAUUGUAUAAAAGAUUGAAGUGUUUUUCAAAUUUUCCACAUUAUGUAUUUCGUAUGUGCUGCAAUAGUCUGUGCCAUUAUUGAUCUUUGCUAAAUUCAGACAGUUUUUCAAAUCAUUCCAAGUUUUUAAAUCUAAUACUCUCCAAAUAACCAGUUUUGUGCAUUAACAUGUCUGAAAAAUUUAUAUUUCUUUUUGAGAUAGAAGUCUACUAUAAUCUUGGCUUCUGUUGCCAACCCAAUGUAAUUUUAUGAAAAUUUAACAGGAACAAAGCAAAAGCUUCUCAAUAUAAUUUCAACUGUGAACUAAUACAUAGUAUAUUAUGUAUAAAGUAUCUUUAAAAUAUUUUAUAAUCUGUGUUAUUUUAAUCUCCAAAGUGUGGGUGAUAACGUUGAAAAUCCUGAAUGGAUUACUGUAUUGGGUUGAUUGAUAUUAGCAUCUGUGUUUUGUAGUUUUGAAUCUAACUGUUCUAGUGAUACAAUGUCAUUAUUUACACAAGAAUUUUCUUCGUAUAUGUAUGUGCUUGAUAUUACACUUGACUAGCGAAAUCUAUAUUAAUUUAUGAGAAUGUAUGUAAUACAUAUGAAUAAAUGUAAGGUCACUUUGCAA